AUGCCUCUCUCUACACAAAUUGCAAGAGUCUCGGAUGGCUUGCCACUAGCACAGAGCGUAGACGAUCGCAAGACCGAGACUGACCUCUCGGAACACAAGCAGCAGGCCAAGCUCAUCUUCCGACGCAUCACUUCAUCCUCCGAACAACGCUGCAGCAUCGAAAGCGGCAAAUAUACACUGCACUACCUCAUCUCGCCGCCACCAGCGAUGCCAUCUUCUGUGGUCUACUUGACCAUCGCUGAAAAGUCAUAUCCACGCAAGCUCGCUUUUUCAUAUCUCGAUGAGCUCUCGAAAGAGUUUGAGCGCAGCUACGGUAAUCAGGUGGAGCAGAGGAAUCUUCGACCCUAUGCCUUUGUCAGCUUCGACACAUUCAUGCAGCGAACCAAGAGGCUCUAUGAAGACUCUCGAACGGCGCAGUCAGCAGCAUCGUCCAACCUCGACCGACUGAACGAGGACCUUCAGGACGUCACACGCAUCAUGACCAAGAACAUGGAAGACUUGCUUUGGCGAGGUGACAGCUUGGAUCAGAUGUCGACCAUGUCCUCUUCACUGCGGGACGAAUCUCUCAAGUACCGCAAAGCGGCGCGACAGAUCAACUUGGAUGCGCUGUACCGAAAGUGGGCGCCUGUUGGUGCUGUCGGCUUGCUCUUUUUGUUCAUCAUCUGGAUCAAGUUCUUCUGA